AUGGAACUAUUUGGCUACGAUGAGAAAUGGAUUAAGCACUGCAGAAGUUCUCAGAAGAUACCCUUAGUGGGAGAAGGAGACUUCUCCUUUUCAGCUUGCUUAGCCAGAGCAUUUGGCUCUGCUGCUGACAUGGUUGCAACUUCUCGACUCCAGAGGUUUCAUCAAAAUUUGGUGAUGGGAUACUUGAAGAGUUCCAGUGAGAUGCUGACCAGAAGUGGAGAGAUUCAUGUGACCCACAGGACUUCAUAUCCUUUCACUGACUGGGAAAUGGAGAAGUUAACAGAAGAGGUUGGCUUGUUUUUGGUUAAAGAAGAAGAGUUUUCACCAUGGGACUAUCCAGGUUACAAAAGUAAGAGAGGAGUUGGGAAAUGUGAUCAAAAUUUUCAUGUUGGAGAGUCAAGCACCUUCAUAUUUGCCAAACGCUUGUACCCUCGUGCUGCUUCCAGUUUCCACCCUGGUGCUUUGAGCAUUAGUUUAUGGUCAGCUGACAUAGUAGAUAUGGCUUGCACUUAUAUAUUCAGAGAGCUUAGAAAGGAAGAAACCAAAGCAUGGCCACAAGAAUUUGAGAUCUUCAUAAGAUUUGAAGAUUUCCAAGAUCACAAUCCUCACUAUUAUUGUUGGAUACUUCAUGUUGAACUAGAAUCCCUGCUCUAUCUAAGACCAUAA